AUUUCGGGGGCUGGUCAUGGUGUCCAGUGAAAAGGUAUGGGACCCCCUCCACGCGGGCCUUAUCCAGUCACCUCUGAGUGAACAGCACCUGGCGCCUGGGCUAACUCCCCUAACACAAACUGCAGCUAAGGACGCCACGUGCCACCAGAGUCAGCGGUUGAUACCUUGGUCUUCCCCACCACUGUCAUUUGUGGCUCUAGACGCCCUUCAGGCAGUUCAGGCGUCUUCACCCUUACACCCACCUGUCAAUUUGUACAGCCUGAAAAAGAUUGAAGGACUACACAAGCCUGCCUGGUCUCGUGGGGAGGCCUCUCAGUCUGAGGAGGAGGAGGAGGAGGAGGAGGAAGGGGAAACUGAGCAGUCAGAGAUGAAGGGUAAAAGGCAUGGAGGCAGGGGAGAAGCCAUGAUGGAGGACAGACUGGAGGACAUGGUUGAUGGACCUAAAAAUGCAAAAAUUACCCUAAGCUUCCCACUUAGUGCCGCCCCCCUCCCAGCCUCUCUGACAUCUCCAAACCACUGUCGCAGCUCCUCCUCAUCCUCUCCUUCCCCCCACCGACGGCGUCCGUCCUCCAAGAGCUCGGAUGAGGGGUCGCUGUGGAAAUUGGAUGCCACCAUGGAUGUAAAGCACAGACCUUUUAAGCCCCCAAGGCAGGACAGCUCUCCGUCCUCUUCGCCCUCCUCCUCCUCAUCUCCCAUGACUGUUCAUGCACUUAUCAGGAAGGACAUAAAAUCUCCGCCUCCUCUGAAAUGCUCCAAACUCAAUCCAGAGACUCAGUUUCAGAGGUCACCCCCAAGAUCCUCAAGUGGGUCUUUAGGGGCCUGUUAUGGUGUUGAUGGAUGGGACGAGAGGCAUAGGAUCACUAACGGUACAGCGUCGCCCUCUCAAACUGCCCAGAUCCUCUUCAGCCUGGGCGCAUCAGCCUAUCAGAGAUGUGGGGAUGCAGACAGGAGAGACAAAAUAACAGGAAGACCAGCUGGGAAACUGGGAAGCCCUCAUGGACCAAGCCUUCAUCCACCCACCCUCCACCUCCCUCCCCCAUUACCACCACCUCCUCCUCCCCCAUCUGAGGGUCUAACUGCCCCCCCUCACUCGUCCUCCUAUUCUCCGACCGACAGCCUGAAGCCUGAGCUGAUUUGUGGUGUGUGCCACCGUCUCUUCAGCUCGGCCUCCUCCCUCACAGUCCACAUGCGGCUGCAUCGUGGCAGCCGUGCCCUCAGUUGCCGUUUCUGUGGCAAAGUCUUCAUCCACAGCAAACGACUGCAAUCCCAUGAGGCCUCCUGCAAGAUGCCAGGCCUACCCUCCAACAGCCUGGGCCCUCCUCCUCUCACUGUGCAGCCAAAGGAGGAGCCGCUGGAGGAGGGUGAGGUGAGAGUGGAGGGGGGAAUGAUUGUGGGAGAAUCAGACAUCAGUAAGGCGCGGCCAGGAAAGAAAGCACGGAGCCUCCUGGCGCGUAUCCAAGGUGAUGAUGCAGCAGACGCAGAGUUACUGGCGGGUGAUGAGCACCAUUUUGUGAAGGUGGUAGAUGGCAAUGUCAUUUACUUCUGCUCUGUGUGUGAGCGAUCCUACAUGACCCUAUCCAGCCUGAAGCGUCACUCUAAUGUGCACUCAUGGCGCCGCAAAUAUCCCUGCCAUUACUGCGACAAAGUCUUUGCCCUGGCUGAGUACCGCACCAAGCAUGAGGUGUGGCACACAGGAGAGCGACGUUACCAGUGCAUCUUCUGCUGGGACGCCUUCGCCACCUACUACAAUCUCAAAACACACCAGAAAACCAUUCACGGGAUUAACCCCAGCCUCAUCUCCAGUGAAAAGACAGCUAAUGGCGGCUAUAAGCAGAAAGCUAAUGCCCUCAAGCUCUACCGCCUUCUCCCCAUGCGUUCUCAGAAGAGACCGUACAAGACUUACAGUGACAGUUUGCAUAAUGGCCUGCUUCUGCCACCAACUGAAACACCGCCCCUCUCCCUGCCCGGUCUGGGCUGUGCUCUGGGCUCUGGGGACCUACAGAGCCUCAUCAGCGGAGCCCACCCCCAGAGUGUUAAGCCUGACCCAGAUGCCUUCCCUGAUGACUUCCCUGUUUCUGUGGCUCCAGAACGCAGAGACGUCUCUGGACUAACACCCCUCCCCCAAACGGACAUGCCCCACGUUAAAAAACAUGAGAGCGAGGCCCAUGAGUCAGAGCAGGGCAGAGGCAGUGGCUCCUUUAAAAUGUCUAGUAGCAACAAAACCAAAACUCCCAAGACAUGUAAAGAAACUAGCAUGCCUUCUGUGAUAACAUACGGACAUACAAAACCCUCUGUCAUAGUUCAUGGAACAGCCGUGUCAUCCUCUGUCAUUGUACAUAGCAACCAGGUUAUUUCUGGAAGCGAAAAAAGCCCACUAAGCAGCCCGUCCCCUGAAACCAGCAACAGUCAGACUUCACACAAGGGCAGCCCCAGGCCAAUUAAAAAGCAAAGGGAUAGUGCAGAUAGCUAUAGGAAGAGAUCAAGAGACAAUUCAGAUAGCAGAGAGAAUGGUUCAACUUCAAGAUGUGGACGGGAGGCAGAGGCAGGUAGAUUAUUUCACAAAUCACGCAAGUCCCACAGCAAGAGCGACACCUCUAACUCAAAGCAGCUGCUAGCAUCUGUAGGGUCACAAGUCAAAGAGGCGGGGCCACUGUGCCAGAUCACUGUACGCAUCGGUGAGGAAGCCAUAGUCAAGCGCAGCAUCUCUGAGACAGACCUCAGGAGAGACAAGAGCCUUUCUCCCCCCAAAUCCAAACGCAGUGAAACAUCAUCUGCACGGGACGUCAAGGAUCCACGCCACUCUCACUUUCACCACCAUCACCAUAAACACCGCCUGCACCGCAGAGCCAGCACGGAAGAGGAGGAUGAUAAGGAAGGAGACUGUGAGGAGGAGGUGAGGAAAAAGAGCUCCAAAUCCCCUGAUGGAGUGAGGGAGUACUACUUCCGUCGGGAGGUGAGGGAGCAGGAGAGUGACCACGACAUGGAGGAUAAUUUAUGGAGGCCUUACUACUCCUACAAGCCUAAAAGAAAGGCCCAAGCACAUUUGCAGAGGGUGAAGAGCUGGCAGAGAAAACUGAAAUACAAGCGCUCCAUCCGGCUGAAGAGGAGGACGGAGAGGCUCAAGAACCGUCUAAAUAAAGAAACAGAGAAAUCACAAGAUGAGGAAGAGGAUGGGACUAAUGAGGAGCCCCAAAAACCUGACAGAGUUAAGGGAGAGGGGAAAAAGAGGGACUGUCUCUCUGCUCCUUUAAAGGAUAAAAACAAAGACACAGAAGAGCAACAGGCCUGUCACAAGGUUUCUUCCAUUCUUCUGCACUCUCCAAAGCCUCCUCCGUCUACCUCAGGGGCUCCUAUGGGAAUAAAGAGGAGGCCUUGGACUAACGGGAAUGCAGCAGAGUGUGGUACAUGUGGCCGCUGGUUCUCAAGCCCCAGGAAGCGAGACAAACACGAGCUGAGCCAUCUGCUGGAGUUUGUGUGCCUCUUCUGCCGAGCCACUUUCCCCUCAAGGGAUAAGUUGGAAGACCACCAGAGAGCCCAGCAUCCUAAGCCCACUGACGCACCCUCUGCACCCCCUAAAGUGGCACUUGGUGAGCAAGCUGAAGGGGUCGGGAUCAAAUCUGUGCCAGAGAUUGCAAAGUAUGAUGAAGAAAAGGGGGGGCAAGUGGGAAUAGUAGGGAGAAACUCUAGUCCAAGUCGCCUCAGCAGACGAGCAUUAUCACGACACACCUGUCCACAGUGUCACAAGGUGUGUAAGACAUCUUCAGCACUAACUCGCCACAUCCGACGCCACGAGUUAAGCAGCUCCCCAGAAAGAGAAAGGGAUGAUAAAGCCUCAGAGCCAAAAACAACAGAGACGGUUAUUAACACCGUUAGCAGAGACGUAGAGACUGACAAGGGACAGGUUCCCAGUGCGCUCUCUGUUUCAGUUAUCAGCUAUUCAACACCAGACCCGCCCAUCAGUAGUGACUGUUUGGCAUCGCAGCAGCGUGAAGACCACCUCAGUGAACUGACGGCUGAACAUCGAAGGUCAGAAUCCAGAGACAGGCCUGAACUAAAAGGGCUCGCCCAUCCAGCUGUAGAGAGAGAGCCCAGCCCACAAACAGCAGACCCUCCAUUAGAAAGUCCAGUUAACUUCACGCCCACUAAACAUGAAUUCACACCCACCGCGCCCUCAGCUCUCCAGAGCGUGCUCGUCAUGAACGGAGCCGAAUGUCUGGACUACCGCAGCCCCAGCAAAAAGAACCUAGACAGUCAGAUCUACAGAAUACCCAGCCCUGUGCACGUCGUGGCACCCACCAACAUCUCUCCAAAUGUGCCCAUGACGUCACAGACCAGAAUAACCGCUGCUGCUCCUGUUUCCAUGACAACAGCUCCCAGCUCUGAGGGCGGAUUCGUGAAACGGGAUGGGGUCAUUAUGGACAGGGAGAGGCAGGGUGGGAGUGGUGUGUUUCUACACGCAGGUUAUGAGGAAGCACCUCUGGUCCAAGAUCUGAGAGUUCAGUCACUGUCCAGGAGUCCCUCUCCCGAUGAAGCACAAGACCUUACCAUGUCCUCGAUACUAGCCAGAGAGAGGGAGGUAGAGAGGCAAAGAGAGACGGAGAGGGAGCUUGAGAGACAGAGAGAAAGGGAGAGAGAGAAAGAAAAGGCGAGAGAGAGAGAAAAAGAGAUAGAGAGGGCCCAGAAAAUGAGCAGAGUUACUCAUGCCCCAGAGGACCAAAUGGCUCUGUUGGUCCCUAAAGAGGAGCCCUUGAGUCCUGUGCAGUCCCCCCAGCACAUCCCCACUCAAACCACUAUGAAUGGACCCUCCUCACACAGGCACACUCCCAAGUCCCCGCGUCGGUCUCCCUCUACCAUUGGACUGUUAUCUCAAGCCAACCGUCAGGUUCACUCCAGCUCACAAGGACUCGACAGGCUCACACUGCCCACUGGAGCAGCUGGUGCCGGCGACCGCCCCUCUGCCCACGCUCUGCUUCUCCCCCGAGCCCCUCAGCCACCUGAGCCCGAGCACCAGGACACUGUUUCUUCCAGAGACUCCCAGCAGGGGGGCGCCACCCCAGUGGGCUACCCUGCCCAGGAUUAUCCCCUACCCCUAAUUGUGCCGGACAGCUACCGCUCUGGUAAGAAGCAGGAUGAAAAUCUGCUCAUGUCCUCCUAUCCUGCUGGACCUCUUCCCUUUGGCCCACUGGGAAAAGUGAUGGUCCCUCAUGGCGGGGACCUGGCCAAGCUGCCAUUUUAUCCAGACCCUUACCAGCUGCUCUAUGGGCCCCAGCUGCUGGCCUAUCCCUAUAACUUAGCAGCUCUUCCUGUGGCCCUGAACAUGAUGGCACCUGGGGGGGACAAGGUUGAGCCUCUGCCGUUCCUUCCAGCCAUCUUCAACUACGCAGCCGCCACUGGGCCCUACAUGGGCGCAGCACCCCACCCCCUCGUGGCAAAUCCCAGCCUGUACAGCGGCGGCAGUGGCAGCGGCAAGAAGCAUCGUGACAGCAGUGGCAAACCUUAGUACAACAGAAGCGUAAAGAGGAAUAUUUUCUAAAGGGGACGGCCUGGCCUGUUUAGGAGGAGCAGGAGGGGGUUGUGCUCACUGGGUCACUGACGACGCUCGCACAGUACCCCUGCCUCUCUUUUAUUCGGUAGAGAUCAGAGCUAGGCAUUAAAUCAGGAGUAGCUGUGAAGGGAGGAGAGGGAGCAAAGAAAUGGGGAGGAGAGGCCGAUAAUCUAGUGACAUGUCAUUACUCCCCUCUCUUUACUCCCUGCUCACCUUUCCCUGUGUUUCUCCUGUUUUGCUGUAGUGUGUCAUAGUUCUAGAGCUUGAUUAAUCUUCCUCUCCUACUCAUUAUAUUAUCUAUAAUAUAAGAAUAAGAACUUCUAACAGGGUGUGUGUGUUGUGUGAAUAAUUAGUUCAGUCAGCUUCCCUUUAUAGUCAUGGCAAAACGAGGAUAAACACUCUUCAGGGAAGGCAACGAUAAGGGAUGAGAGGCGAGUCGGUGAAACUGCGAGUGCAGGUGUAUCCUGUCGUGAGAUGAAAGAUAUAUAUGAGCAUGUACAUGCACAUGUAUGUAGGGAUUUGUGCAUGCAGAGGUUGGCUUAAGCAGGUAUUGCUGCGUAUGUGUGAGAGUGUGUGUGU